AUGACCACCACCACCACCCAUCUCGCCGCCAUAACCCCAGCAAAAGGCGAACCAUUCACACUCCAACCCCGUCCAACCCCCAAACCAGACCCAAACGAUCUCCUCAUCGCCGUCAAAUCAGUCGCCCUAAACCCCGCAGACGCUAUUAUGCGAGAUCAGGGCCUCUUCAUACCUCCCUCUACCUACCCAACAGUCAUCGGUUUCGACAUGGCCGGACUGGUUCUCGAAGUCGGCGCCAACGUCCCACCUGCCUUCAAACCCAACACAAGGAUCGCCGCGUACUCAGCCUUUGUCUGGAAGGCCUGCGAUCCGGACUAUGGUCCGUUCCAGGAAUUUUGUCUCGUUCCUUGGCAACAUGCUGUUGUGUUGCCGGAAGGCAUGUCUUGGAACCGUGGGUCGACACUGCCUGUCGCUGUUCAGGUACCACUUUGCGCAUGGGAUAUGAUGGGGAUUCCCCGGCUGGACAUGGGUAGGGACAUGGGUAGUAUGGGGAAAACCACCCAGACCGACUCAGCUCCGACUACCGCGCAAAAAGGCGAAGCCCUCCUAAUCUGGGGCGCAUCGUCUAGUGUCGGAACAAUGGGUGUGCAAACAGCCCGAAUUCUACGAGACGAUUCCACAUCUUCGUUCAGGGCUGUAUAUGCCACGGCCGGGGUAGCUAAUCUAGACUACGUAAAAUCGUUGGGCGCGGACCGCGUAUUUGAUUACAAAGAUGCGCAGGUUGUCGAUGCGAUUAUUUCGGCGGCGGAGAAGGAUGGAUUGGUUAUUCGGUUUUGUUUCCUUGCGACUGGGUCCCUUGGGUCUUGUCAGGCUGUGUUGAAGGCUUUUCGGAGAGGAGGGAUCGGCAUGACAUUGUCCAAAAUCGCGUCGGCGCCGCCGGUUCCUCAGGAUGCGGAGGUUGUGGAAGGGGUUGAGACGAUAUUUUUGAUGCCAUCCAUAGUUGAAGAGGAGAGGUUGGAGCAGUUUCGGUACUGGAUUGGGACGUGGUUGAGGGAAACUUUGGUUAAGGGGGGGUAUUGA